AUGAAGUUCCCCCAGGAGGAGCAGGAAGCCCACGAAGCGAGCCAAUGCGUCGUGGCUGAGCGACGGAGACAGAUCGCUGCCGACGCGCUGCUAGUGAACGAGGAGAUCGUCUGCGACUGGUGUCAGCAGAAGGUGAAGAAGCGCAAGCUGCUCGACCACCAGGAAGACGAGUGUCCGGAGCGCGAGCGCCCAUGUCCCAACGCUAUCAACGGAUGCAAGGAGUGGGUUCCAGUAGGCAAAUUCGACGAGCACCUCCGUACGGACUGCAUGGUGACGAUCGAGCGUAACACGCUGGCGGCAAGAGCUCGCGAGAAGAACUCGCCCGUGGCUUGUCCCGAGUGCGGGGUGGUGGUUCGACUGCGGCAUCUCGAGCGGCACUUUCGUGACGACUGCGUGAGCCGCAUCGUGUCGUGUAAGAAUGCCGCCCACGGGUGUAAAGCGCGACUGCGGUGGCGAGACCGGCACCUGCACGAAGACUUCAUGUCGCUCUCGAAGGACCGCAGCAUGAUCGAGUUCAGGACGGGCGGCAACGCGUACAUUGCGAUCAACAACAACACGAGUCAAGCUCCGUCGUCUCAAUCGUCCGUCGAUCUGCCGCCUCCGUGGACUGCCGAGUAUUUCGUGUGGAUGGUCGACGCGGAGGAAGAGAUUCUGGCACUGCACCGAAGCAGCUUGGAGCUGAUGGAGACGGUCGUGCUCAACACGCGCGAGAACGAGCAGUGGCAGGCCAAGUCGGACGCGUGCAAGAAGAAGCUCAAGGAGCUCAAGCAGAAGCGGAAGCGCAAGGCGAACGACAAGGCGCAAGCAGCAGGGACGCACCUCUCGGGCGAGGAGAUGUCGAGUGCAGCCAAGCAGCUCGCGGAAGACUUCAACGACGCCGAGAACGGGCUGCUGGCGACUCGGAAGGAGAUCGCGUUGGCUCGAGGCUGGAUCGAGAUCAACAUCCUCGAGGCCAAGCGCAUUCUCGACGCCGACGUGGCCGACGAGGAGGCCAAGCAGGCGCUUGCGGCCUCUAUCGCCGACCAAACCGCGCAGAUUCUGCAGGAAAGGACGUUGCUAGUGCAGUUGCUGCCUGAAGUCGAUCGCGUGGCUCUAGGUGACCUGGACGCUUGGGCAACGCAGCUCGCGUCCGGAAGUCCCAGCAAGGAGAGCAAGGCGGAGCGGCAGCGCAAGGCGGCGGAGCAAAACAAGCUGCUGAAGAAGCGCAGCGAGUUUCAAGCUCAACUGGAGGCAUUGGAUCCGGACGACGCCGACACGCCGCGGUUGCAGCGCAGGUUCGAGCGCGAGAUCGCCAAGGUGGACGCCAAGCUGGCGCUCGUGUCGGAGAACAAGCCGACGCAGCUCCUGGAGCGCUGCGGCCGCCACAUCAUCGCGUCCUCGGGUAAGAACGUCAUCUCGCUCGUGGCCGGACCCAAAGGAGAGAUCUCGUUCUACCGUCCGUCAGGCGCCAAAGCGGCCAGGGAAGUCAACUUCCAGACCCGCCUGGAGCGCAUCCGCUGGAACCACGUCGUGUUCUCGGCCGGGGCCAAGGAGCUCAGCCUCUUCGUCAACGGCGAGCUUAAGAGCGUCCGACGCGGGGUCUUCGGCUUGCCCAUGAGCAGAAUCGGCACCAAGGAGCAGGCCGAGUCGUUCCAGGGCUUCGUGCUGGAGGUGCGCUACUGGAAGGAGUGCAGGACCGUCCAGCAGAUCCAGCAGCACGCGGCCUCCAUCCUGCACGUCCGCAAGUGCAAGAAGCUGCUCGGCUACUGGACGUUCGAGGAGGGCAUGGGCGACCUGGUGGACGACAUGGCGCUCAAGCUGCCGCGCUCCGCGUGCUUCGGCACAGCCUGGGUCCUGUUCGACACGCCGGAAGUCCGCAAGCGCUUCGGCAUCCCGCCCACGCCGUCCCUGCGCGACCAAACGUGCUGCGUGGUCAACCAGAAGCUCAAGCUGCUGGCCCAACGCGCGCGCGACCGGGAGCUGGACAUGGUGCCGUGUCGCCAGCACUGCGAGCAGGUCGUGGCCUUCCGAAGUCUCGAGCGCCACCACCGCGUCGAGUGCGUGCACCGCAUGGUCGUGUGCAAGGAGGUCGGCUGCGAGCAGGUCUACCGCUGGAGCAGCGAGGCCGAGCACCUGCGCGCCAAGUGCGAACGCCACUUGUUCCGCGAGGAGCUGGUGCGGCGCUACCACGACAAGCGCGAGCUGGUCGAGUGCAUCCUCAACUGCGCGCAGCUCGUGCAGAGGCGCUUCAUGGCGCUGCACUGCCACAAGGAGUGCGUCAACCGCCUCAUCACGUGUCCGUGGGCGGACUGCGGCGAGACGAUCGUGGCCAAGACGCUGGCCAGGCACCUGGAGCGCGACUGCCGCAGCCAGAGCAAGGAGAGGGACAGG